AAGUCGGUCGGGCUCCGCAUGCAUGUUGCAGAUCACCAACAUCACUCCUUUCUCGUACCAGCCUAGAUUUUAACACAGACCUCGCUCUAUAACGACACUUCGCUCGUCUUCGUCUUCACGAAGCUUACUCGAACGACCGAGGAUAUCCCCGCAUCGACCCCUCACUAUAGCCGAUACAUCCUACAAUAUGAAAUAUAAAGUCAACACAGCUGUAGUCGGUUUGUACUAGCAUCGCAUUCUACUUGAUAGCUCAUACGAACACCGAUUCUCAUCUUGACCUCCAAGCGAGCAUCAAGGCACCACCGUUCGACCAUGCCAGGCCGCCUCGCCAACAAAAUCGCCAUCAUAACUGGCUCCUCCUCCGGCAUAGGCCGCGCCAUAGCUCUCCUCUUCGCCUCCCACGGCGCAACAAUAAUCUGCUCGGACCUGCGCGAAGAAGCGCGCAUCCCCGGUCCCUCAGAAGCCGCCGACUCCUCGCAACCUAGCACCGUAUCUGCCAUCACAUCUGCCGGCGGCAACGCCAUCUUUGUCAAAUGCGAUACUACGAAGAGUGAGGAAGUUGGAGCGUUGGUGAAGACGGCGGUGGACAAGUACGGGAGGCUGGAUAUCAUGGUGAAUAAUGCGGGAAUCGCGGUGGAGACGGGGACUAGUCAUGGGCCGAGACCGGUGUGGGAGUACGAGGAAUCCGCGUUCGACCAAACCAUCUCAGUAAACGUGCGAGGCGUCUUCCUCGGCACAAAAUACGCCUCCCUCGCUAUGAAAGACCAGUCUCCCCACCCCAACGGCGACCGCGGCUGGAUCGUCAACCUCGCUUCUGUCUUCGGACUGGGUGGUGGAAGACACUCCAGUGGGUAUAUCACGAGCAAACAUGCCGUUAUGGGCCUUACGAAGGCGGCCGCGUGGGACUGUGCAACUCAUAGGAUCCAUGUCAAUGCGCUGUGUCCGGGGUACACGCAGACUGCUUUUACGGCGCCGAUUUGGGAGGAUAAAGAAACGACGGCGAAGAUUGAAGGUAUGCAUCCGUUUAGAGGGCUGGGGACGCCGGCGGAUAUUGCAAGGGCGGCGGUGUUUCUUGCGAGUGAGGAGGCGAGUUGGAUUACGGGAAUUGGGCUACCGGUUGAUGGGGGGUACAGUAGUAUGUAAACGCGAACUCGAGUUUUGUGAUUGUCACGAAACAGUGGCUGUGGGAGAUGUAUUCGAAGGAGGAA